AUGGCCACUCUCGAACGACCCCAACUGGCGACCCAAGACUCUUUAGCAGCAGACGCCACAUCCCCCUCCGACUCGGCAGUCCCAACCCCGUUCCCACAAGAAGCCCUCAACCGAUCCACCCCGGCCGCGGCAACGCGACAAGAAUCCCGUUCGCCCAGUGUGACGCGUCGACAGUCCUUGUCGAGGGGCGUGAGUGGGAUGAUGGAUAAGGUCAAGAGGGUCAUGAGUGCUAGUCGCGAUCGAGGGACGAGUGGGGGUGAGGGAGGGGAGAGGGACCGCGGAAGGACGGGCGGACGCUUGGCCGAAGGUGCGUUCUACGACAUCCUGUUACAGACUUGCGCGCCUAUUCACUGACGAUCCCUUUGACUGGUCUUCUUUCUCCCGUGGUACGUGCGACGCGACUUGUAUCUGGAUCCCACACCACGCUCCGUCUACUUGUGACCUCGUGACCACUCCUCGAAACGCCCUUCCUCCUCCCCAGGUACGGCCGAAGAACCUCGUGGUCGAGCCGGCGCCGAGACCUACGCCGCGGCCAGUUUGAACAAAACAGCGACCAACACCACCAUCGGCACCAACGUCCUCUCCCAAACGACCUCACGUUCGACCUCUCGCGGCCGCACCCCCGCUCUCGCAGUCGGACGAGGUGGAGCCGGUAAUAUGAAAUUCGCGAUGCAGGACGGUGAGACACCGGUCCUUUCGACGGGCGAAGAACCUGCUUCGGUGGUUCAUCAAGCUCGAGUGGAGAGGUCCAGUUCAAGGGAAAGGGAAGGACGACCUGAAGUCGUUGCGAGUGGUCGUGGUGGACAGGGGAAUAUGAGGAGUCAGUCGAGAGGAAGGGAUUUGGAUUUGGCGAGGGUGCCUACGGUCGCGGAGGUGGAGGAGAAGGCCGAGAUGGAGAAGGAGGAGGCGAAGGAGAGAGAAGUGUUGCAGAAGCAUGAGAAGGAGGUGGCCAAGAAGAGGGUAUGGGCGACCGGACGAGGUCAGUCCCCGGUGCUUUGGUUGUCAGCUCGGGUGACACCAGCAGCUGAUGCUGUACCUUAUUCGGUACAGGUGGAGCGGGCAACAUUCGCUCACCCGAUCGGUCAGAUGAACGAUAG